CUAACUUUUCUAAGUUAACAAUUACUCUCAUCAUCACGCGGAAAAAGUAAAGAACCCCAAAUUCCAAUCCGUUUGUCGACGUCUACCAUGGUCUGCAACCACGGCCAGCAGUACCACCCGCCAAUUCCAAGCUUGCCCUAUGUGCCGCGUACCCGCCGCCUAUGCCAAUUAGUGGCGCCAACACCUAUCACCAUACCACUUGAACACCAGUGGCGAGGCGCCCUAGAGCCGCCUUUUUCAUUCACCUCCACAGCUUCUUUUUAUGUCCUCCAAUUUCAAGACAAACUUCCAAUGAUAGAGGGUCUUACCCUCUAAUAACUUGGUGUGCCAACAGAGAUCAUCCUGUUUAAGAGAACGCGACUCUUAAUCUUACUUCGGAAGGAGAUUUGGUGUUAAGAGAUGCUGAUGGAAGUUUUGUGUGGUCUACUAACACCUCUGGCCAUUCAGUCAAGUACAUGCAGUUAGAUUGGCUUGGAAGCUUGAAGCUUUCAAAUGCAAGACUUCAAUGCAUUUGGUUGUCAUCUGACUAUACCCCUCUGAUACAAUAUAUGCACUCUCUUCUGAUUGGGAUCAUAAUUAUUACAUUGGGAAGAAAUUGAAGUCGAGCAUAUCAAGUACAAAUUCUUGUACAGGAAUCUUUACUGUUUCUUUUGAAUCAGAUGGUCUUCACGCUUAUGUUGAUUUAAAAACUCCACAAGAAUAUUAUUUUUUGGAUAAUCAAACCUUUAUUGACUUACUUCGUCAGCAUAUAUUUGUAUUAACGUACAUGCGUAUUGAACCAGAUGGGCAACUUUAUCUUUAUAGACUUGAGUAAUUCAACUUUCGUCUUGAAUUUAUUUGAGGAUGGUAUUUAUGGCAAGUGUACACAAGAAACUUGUGGAGACUGUGGGAUUUGCUUUUCUGACAGUAAGUGUUACUGUCCAAUGAGGAACAAUGAUAGCAUAGAAUAUUUUAAGCCAAAAGAUGCCUUAAAACCCAACUUGGGUUGUAACCGUUUUACCUCUCUUUCUUGUCUGGAUACUGAUAAUCUCCAGUCAUUUUUAGAGUUGGUUAAUGUCACCUACUUCGAUACGUCUCCCUUUUUGAUCGGAAAAGAUGUUGAGAGCUGCAAAAGAGAGUGUUUGAGUAGUUGCUCGUGCAAGGCUGUCAUCUUUCAUUACUAUGAUGAUCCCUUCUCAGGUAAUUGUACUCUACCUUCAGAAAUAUACACUUUGAUGGAUGUUUCUAAUGUAAGUUUGAACUGUAAUACUAAUGCUUAUAUCAAAGUACAAAACACAAAGCAAUUUACUACAAUGUCAUCGUACACUCGAGUUUCAAUCAAGAGAAAAUUAGUGCUCUAUGUUUCUGUUAGCUUAGUAGCUUUGAUAAUUUUCAUCGGAGUAUGUUUUUCUGUGUUGAUACGAAGGAGAAAAAGUAGCAAAGACGUUGGUUUUUCUGAUGAUAUAAAUGUUGACACUGAGUCGAUUCUCUUUUGAAUCGCUGAAGUUUGCAACUCAAGACUUCAAAACAAGGCUUGGUCGAGGAGGGUUUGGGACUAUUUUCGAAGGCACAUUGGAAGAUGGAACUAAAGUUGCCGUCAAACAAUUAAACUCAUCAGGCCAAGGGAGAAAGGAAUUUCUAGCAGAGGUGAAUACAAUAGGCAGCCUUCACCACUUCAAUCUUGUGAGAUUGAUCGGAUAUUGCGAUGAUGGAUUCAACAGGCUUCUUGUCUAUGAAUACAUGUGUAACGGAUCACUAGAGAAGUGGAUCUUCGAAACCAACAUACCACAUAGACUUACCUGGAACAUCAGACGAUGCAUUAUCAAUGGUGUUGCAAUAUCUACACGAGCAUUGCAAGUGGAAUGUGAUCCACUUCGAUAUCAAGCCUCAAAAUAUACUCCUAGAUAAAGAUUUCAACAUGAUUUCAGACUUUGGUUUAGCGAAAAUGGUAGACCGAGAUCAAAGCCAAGUUAUGACCAUUGUACGAGGGAUGCCAGGAUACAUGGCUCCCGAGUUGAUCAGUGGUCACGCCAUCUCUGUUAAGGUUGAUGUCUACAGCUUUGGAGUAGUUCUGGAAAUUGUGUGUGGACAUAAAAAUUGUUGGUUGUCAGAAGGCGAUUGUCUUACCAACAUGGUGAAGGCAAAGGCGGAUUUAGAUCAACUAACCAAUCUUAUUGAUGAGCAUGAUCCUGAUAUGCAGCAAAACAAGGAAGAAAUGAUAAAAAUGAUGGAAGAUUGCAAUAUGGUGCCUGCAGCCUCAUUUUAUUAGGCCAACAAUGCCCAUGGUGGUUAAAGUUUUGCAAGACCUUCCGAACAUGGAAGCCAUGAGUGAUCUCAGCUAUUUAACCAUGUACAAUGAGGCCGCCCCAAUGGACGCAAUUUGCAGUUUUUCAGUCCGUCCUAUAGACUCAAUUCUGUCUGGGCCUCGUUGAUGGGUACUGUUGUUUGGUGUUUCUGUGUUAUAUACAGUUUUAAUUGUAUUGCCGAUUUAAACUGCUUUUUAUUGAUGUUAUUACUUAUUAGUUAAAUAUUUUACUAAUUCAGUUCGAUAAUCAAUGAAUGUAACACAAAUAUAUAAUUUGUUAUUACUUCUAGAUAAUGUUAAUAAGUACUCUUUUUAGUAACGAAAUAUAUAAUUUGUAAUAAUUUUGUAGUUUGCAAAGUCAAUGAUCAAUGAAUGAAUCUUAUAUUUUAAUUAAUCAUUAUCUAGAAGUCUUAAGUCCUAACUUUAUUGUGAAAAUGAUAUAUUUGUCAGCUAGUUACUCUUAUGAGAGGCUGUCUCUCAAAGAGACAACCUCAAAACAAAAUGUCCAAAUUUUUAUUUUCUCUUUAAUUUGUGUUAGAUGGCCUAUUUAGCUUAUAUAUCUAAUAUGUUUUUCAAAGAGACCGUCUUUU